AAUUAGUAGAUAAAGUAUCACUGUCAUUGCCUUCAACCUUGUACUCAAUUUUCCAGCCCCCUUUUCAAUCUGUAUACUGUAAUCAGUCAGGAUUCAGGAGGUGAACAAAAACAACACUAAACAAAAGCUGCUAAAGCUUAUUCAAGUUUUGCAACACCCAGAAUGAGUAUCAUCUCAGAAAUCUGAAACUUCUCUCAAUCAAUUUGGUAUACUCUUACUCUUUUCUAGUGUUUGGUUACUAGUGAGUGGUGACUGAUAAGAAUUUAAGGCUCGUGCAGUCGUAAUUGGAGUAUUGGAGUAGUUGGAGGGCGUAAAGCGAGUAUAACUAUACUAACCUCUCUAUGCAACGCUCCCUCAACGCAGUUUUGUUUCCGGGUUUUAAUGGGAUAUCCCCUGCUGGUAUCACAUAGUGAAGCAUUGAGUGAUCAGUUCCCUUUACUUAUGGAGCGUUCCAAUAAUCUUGAAGGUCAUCAGCAUGUCAUUGACAUUGCGGUUUCUAAUGAUGCGCCAUUAAAUUUUCCUAAUCAAGAAGAACCUCAUAAUACUGUAGAUAGAACAUCAAAUAGUGUACCUCGAAUUAACCCAUCACAAUCAUCGUCUUCCGGUAGAAUAAACGUUUCGUACGUGGGAAGAGGUGAUUCAUAUGGUUAUUCCAGCCCGUUGAAUUCUGGUCUAUGGAUCUCAGUUGAGCUGAUUGUCACGCUUGCGCAAAUUGUUGCUUCUGUAGUUAUUUUGUCGUUGUCAAGAUAUAAGAGUUCAGAAGCCCCAUUAUUUGCUUGGGUUGUGGGUUAUGCGUGUGGCUGUCUUGCAACGCUUCCGAUUCUUUAUUGGCGUCUUCGAAAUUGCAGCCGUGGUCCUGAGCGAAUUUCAGUUCAAUCACAUCAGAGCUCCUCUGGGACUGUCAGUGCUGGAGCUACUAACUCCAAUUCAUCUCUCGAGCAAGAAGAGAUGGAUAGCUAUGGUGAUUCUCGUACAAUUGCGAGGAACAGUCAAAUAAGACAAAGAAUUAGUGUACGACUUAAUGGAAUUGUUGAGCACUUCAAAAUGGCGUUAGACUGCUUCUUUGCGGUGUGGUUUGUCGUGGGUAAUGUGUGGAUUUUUGGAGCACAUUCCUCUCCUUCCGUGGCUCCAAAGUUGUAUAGGUUAUGUAUAGUUUUCCUUACUUUCAGUUGCAUCGGGUAUGCACUUCCGUUCCUAUUAUGUGCAACCAUAUUUUGCUGUCUUCCUUGUAUUAUCUCAGUAAUGGGUAUACGAGAGGAUCUUUCAAAACCCAGAGGAGCUAGUACAGAAACUAUUGAUGCUUUACCGACCUACAAGUUCAGGUUGAGAAAAAAUGAUGGCAUAGACAGUGAACAGAUGCGCUUGAAGGCUAAUAAAGCUGGCUAUUUGUCCAAUGGAACUCAGGAUGAGCGUGUCAUAUCCAACGAAGAUGCGCUAUGUUGUAUUUGCUUGGCAGCCUAUGCCGACAAUGAAGAGUUAAGGGAAUUGCCGUGCUCCCAUCUGUUUCACACCGAGUGUGUGGACAAAUGGUUAAAGAUCAAUGCAUCGUGCCCUUUGUGCAAGCUUGAGAUUAGGGAGGACAGAAGUAAGCUUGUGCCAAACGAUCGAAACAACAGUAGCCAACAAAAUGCAAAUGAUGAAGGUGAUGUCGGUUUAACUUCAACCGGCGUUUCAUGAUUCUGAGUGUUAGAUUGCCCCGCUUGCUGUAAUUACAACCCGCUGCUGCUAGGCAGCUAGCAAAUUAAGUAGGAGCAGUUUUCAUUUUUGUAAAAAAUGCAAAUGAUCAUACUCAGAGACUGGUUCUAAAAAUGUUGAAUGACAUUGGGUGUUGUUUGUAACAAAUAACAAUGCAUCUUAUCUGAUUACUGCUGUGUAGUGGAAGAUUCUACUUACAAGUUUGAUCAUCAUGAUAUGUAUUAUGUGAUGUUGAUGUUAGUUUGAUGAAUCAAACAAGUGUCAAAGUGAAAAUCGAAAGGAAAAAUUUCUUGCAUAUGAUUAGGAAGAAAAAAAAAUUGUUCUUGUGGAAUCUUCAAUGUAAAGUCUCUAAUCCAACUUCUGUUAAAAUUGAGUUGGAUUUAUCGUCAAUGUUAGCACAUAAUUGAAAAAAUACGAUCUAAAAGACC